CAUCGCGACGUCGCCGCUCGUGUUGUCGGUGACGCAAACAUGCGUUCCCGCAACACGCAUCAUGCGCGGGAAAUCGCAGGAGAAAUGAAAAAAAAUUGGCGCUCGCCGGCCGGCGCGCCUGCAUGGCGGACCAAUUAAGACAGAUCCACACUUCAUUUAGUUUCCCAUCGUCUUCCCUAUUCCUUUUUGAAAUGGAUACGGCGGCACGCGAUCUCGAGCAGCGCGAUCGGCAAGCGGAUUAUCAGCCCAUGGUGUUCCACUGCCGGAUUUGUGCAGCCAACAUUGCAGCCAACAAUGACGGGGUGCACAUUUUCGCUGAGGACGGCCGGCGUCAUUACCUGCAAACGAAGAUACGGAAAUAUCUAUACAUUCUGGUAUCAUCGGAGGAUAAAUUUUCAAAAAUGGUUUGUUCUGUGUGCAUUAAGAGACUGGAAGGUGUCCAUCGCUUUGCAAUGAUGGCAUAUCGUACCCAGGAAAAAUUAAAAUCCCAGCUCUAUGGUAACAUUGACAAUACGAAUCCUGUACAAGAUGAAGAGAUGCAGAGUAUUAAAAAUACGCAAGAUAAUGCAAAGAAAGUAGAAGAACGAGGGUUAUUACAUUCAAUAUUGACAAAGCAGGGUACGAUAGAAAUUGUAACAGAGGACGAGCCACUGGGACCACCAGAGUUAAAUUCCCAAGAAGAUAAACGUCACACCACAAACAUGGAAGAAAUGGAGGUGAAAGUGGAUCCAAUGUUAUUUUUACAAUGCGGUAUGGAACAGUCCGCAUCAGAUCCUUCGGAUUCUUCUGACAACGAGGAAGAAAUAAUCAGAACAUAUUCGCCAGAGCCGCUACCAUUGACAAAAAAAAAUACUGGAACGGAGGCAGAAGAGAAGAAGAGAGACGAAAGUGAGACCAAAUUGCACGAAGACAAUGAGAGAAAUAUGUCCAUUACGGUGAAACCGCACGAAUGUACAAUAUGCGCUCGGUCCUUCGUAUCGCAAAUUGGUUUACAGAAUCACCUGUGGUCACACUUACCCCGAGAGAGAAGAUUCGACGGGAAGUCUAUUCUACGCUCUCAACACAUUUACUCCACGAACGGUAUACUUCAUACGAACGGUGAUAACAAUACGUCCAGCAACUUCAUCUGUCCAAUCUGCAGUAAAAAAAUCUCUACAAAGGGAAACCUGAAAGUGCAUUUAGAAACGCACAGGCCUAAAGGAAAGUACGGCUGCGACAUAUGCGGCAGAAUUUUCAAGACACAAUCGAAUUUGUUCAGACACAAGGAGUACCACGGCGGCGUACAGUUUCCGUGCAACGUAUGCGGCAGAGUUUACCCGACGAAUUCGACGUUACGUGCUCAUAGCAUAACGCACUCGGAUUUGAGACCGCACGCAUGCCCACUUUGUGAUAAGACGUUCAAACGUAAUCAGGACCUGAAAUUUCACAUAAAUCAGCAUACGGGUGCGAGGCCUUAUCAGUGUCCUUAUUGUCCGAAAGCUUUCGCAAGCUCCGGGAACUGUUUUUCGCAUCGUAAAAGAAUGCAUCCGCGGGAGGUGCAUCGCGAUCGGCAGAGAGCGGCCGAUUUGAUGAGAUGAACCAUGGGCAGUCAGUACGAGGACUGGUCUUAGAACUCGAAUAACUGUUCUGUCUUAUCGCAGGUGUGAUCUCGUCGAGCGUGUAUUAGUCGUCGUAUAAGAGAACGUAUCUUAUUUCCGGAGAGUAUAACGGUGCUAAUGGAAGAACGGGAGAUUUUGUAUGCUUUAUUAUUCUUAAAUUAUUUACAUUUUUAGCUUUAAGUACGUUGUUGUUGGUAUUAUAUAUUUUGUCAGUUAUUUAUUGGAUACGUAUAUCUUUCUACUGUCCGAUAGGGAUGAUUAGUGCGAUAUCGGAAAACUUUCGUCAUUGUUUAGUGAGCUUAGUGAUGAAGCUUUACUGCAAUGUGUAAAUAACAGAGAGAGUAAGUUUGAAAUUUCAUAGCCAGACUAGUCAGAGUAUCGGUAGUUCUAGUGUUAUUUUCGGAGCAUAUUAAUGUAAUUCGUCCCCGUCACUUUAUUAUUAGUAGGAGAUAAAAGACAGUUAAAUGCUUUAGGAAUGCAUCGUAAUUAUUGCAUAAGUUGAGUUUUAUAUUUAACAUAAAUCUUUUUUUAUCGCGUAUUAGCAUAUUUUAUUUUUGUGAUAAAAAUAUACUCACUGCCACUUUAUGCCGUUACUAUUUUGUCGUUAGAAUAGAUAUCAGUAGAGAGAGAGAAAGAGAGAGAUGAUAUUGGUUUACAAUUUACGCAUUUAUAUUUUAUAGAGAAAGCGCUAUUUUUUAUAUUUAGUAAAAGACAUUGUGUAAUUAAGUGUGCGCUAUAUAUAUGUAUACAUGAAAUUAACUUGACGACUCUGUGAUAAUUGUUUAGCACUGGUCCUUUUGUACUGGUUAUGAAAUUUACAACUUGCCGUCUGCUAAGCUGAUAUAUAAUAGAGAUAUGUACGAACGUAGAUUACACGAUCUAUAGUACUAUUCAAACGGUGAAGAAGAAAAUUCUAAAAGAAAGAUGUUAUUUUACUCACACUGAUCAGGAAGAUAUUCCACAGGGAAAUUUAUACGAGACAUUAUAUAUCGACCAAAAAAAAAAGAGAAAAAUAAGAAAAAGAAAAACAGGGAUUUGCGAAAAGAAAAAAAAGUUUUGUAGUUUGACAUAUUUUUAGCACAAUAUGAACAUUAUCAUAACUAUUAAGACUGUAUACGAGAAUUAUGUGUCAAAUUAGAUAGUCAACUUUAUAAGGCAAAGGUAACGUAUCGAUGAACGAGGUCGAAUGUCGUUAUACGUAAACAAGUCUAGUCGAUGCAGUAUUAAAUAUUGAUAAGCGAUAUAGACGUCAUAGUCGAUAUUACAAAUAUACGAUCGUGAUGUUAUUCUUAUAAACGAGUUACACGAGAUAAAUGUUAAAUCGAAGUCUGAGUAGUUUUAGGAAGAACGUAGUUAAGUUAGUUCGUGUAACGUAGAUCAUAGUCUGUGCUUCCGUAUAACGUAUACAUUUGCACACGCGUUGAAACACCGCAA